GGAUGCCUUGUUUUGCAAGGGCGCGAUGAACUUGCUCUUCAGCCUCCACGUGGCGCAUAAGAGCCCUGUCGCCCUGCUGCGUGACCUGUCCCAGGACAUCCACGGGCACCUUGGGGACAUAGACGAGGAUGUGGAGGUGGAGAAAACAAACCACUAUGCGGUGGUGAAUUUGCGAACAGCGGCCCCUACCGUCUGUCUGCUGGUUCUGAGUCAGGCCGAGAAGGUCCUGGAAGAAGUGGACUGGCUGAUCACCAAGCUUAAGGGACAAGUGAGCCAAGAAACCGUAUCAGAAGAGGCCUCUUCCCAGGCAGCCCUCCCGAACCAUCCCGUGGAGAAAGCCGUCAUCAUGCAGCUGGGCACGCUGCUCACCUUCUUCCACGAGCUGGUGCAGACCGCCCUGCCCUCGGGCAGCUGCGUGGACACCCUGCUAAGGGACCUGUGCAAGAUGUACACCAUUCUCACCGCACUUGUCAAGUAUUAUAUCCAGGUGUGUCGGAGCGCCAGAGGAAUUCCAAAGAUUAUGGAGAAGCUGGUGAAGCUGUCGGGUUCUCACCUGACCCCUGUGUGCUAUUCCUUCAUUUCUUACGUGCAGAACAAGAGGAGCAGGAGCCCGCAGUGCCCAGGAGGAAAGAAGAAGAGCGCUGCUGCUGGAGCCGUGGCCAUGGCCAGAGUUCUUCGGGAAACCAAGCCAAUCCCCAACCUCAUCUUCGCCAUCGAACAGUAUGAGAAAUUCCUCAUCUUCCUCUCCAAGAGGUCCAAGGUGAACCUGAUGCAGCACAUAAAGCUCAGCACCUCUCGGGACUUCAAGAUCAAGGGGAACAUCCUGGACAUGCUUCUCCGGGAGGGGGAGGAGGAGGAGGAAGAGGAAGAGGAUGACGAGAACAAAGAGGACACCACGUCAGAGCACGGAGAACAGAACAAAGAACCCGCCAAGAAGAAAAGGAGAAAAGAAACGAAAUGCCUGAGUUAAUGUGCCCUUUGGGGCUUCUGCUUCCUGUUUACCCGACCAGCAGCACGGCCCCUGGUCCGACAGCCUGCACUGACGUCGGCCUCUUGUUUCUGAACCCGUUGAACUCAGCUGCACCUUCUGUGACAGGCGGGCCUCCCUGGC